UGAGUAAUUUGUUUGUGUCUCUGGUAGACUACAAAACAAGGAGUCUUUUCUUUCAUGGGAACCGGGGAAAAGGAAACAGAGGUUUUUUUUUUUGGAUGGUUUUGGGUUUGUUUCCAAGUAGCCCGUUUCUCUUGAAGAUGAACUUCAUUAUCACAAACCUCCAAAACUCAAAUUGCUUUCUGGGUUUCGCUUCUUUCACGGCAGAAGUUUGUAUUUUUUUCUCUCUAUCAAAGCCUAAUUCAGAACCACUAGUGCAUAUCCAUUCUUGGUAUUCGGAGUUGCAAAGGAAUGGGCUAAUUUGUAGUAGGAAACAGUAGUAAAAGAGGCAAAUAUGUGAUGAGGUUUUUGUCCUGCAAGAUUCAUUGUCCGUCCUUCAUUUGCUUUUGCAAAUCCUCCCCUCAUAUUUACAGUCCUGGACCAUUGAAAUUGGAAAACAUCCCACAUGUGCUUUCAGAACCAGCCUCGGUUCAUGAAGCCUCUGAUCAGUUACCUGGCGAGGCCAUUGAGGUCAAGGAAGAUUGCUUAUAUCUGAAACAACAACAACCAGCCGAUCAUCAUUGCCUGAAAAGCAGUCUCAGAAAGCCCACUCUCGCCGCCAAAGAGGAUCGGAAGAAGAAGGUACAAUGGGUGGAUUUUUUAGGGAAAGAACUUGUUGAGAUCAGGGAAUUUGAAUCCAGUGAAAUAGAACAUACUGACAACGAAGGUGGUGAUAAUAGAGGCUGUGUUUGUGUUAUUCUAUGAAUCUGCUCAAAACAUCUUCCGCUCUGCAAUUUCCAACAGCAAGUGCCGCAACAACGAGAGAAAGACAACAGAUUUUAGCUUUCUGAACUGAAACACAUUCAGCAUAGGGUUCUGGAAUUGGAAUUGAGCCAGUACGUCUGGCUCAAAGUUCAAACUCAUCACUUUCUUUGGCGCUGCCUCAUCAUCCUUCUAAUCAAGUCUAAUUCACAGAAAUUCUUGUAUUAGUAGAUAUUUUCUUUUAUCUCAUAGAUUAUAAGAAUGUCAAGCUAUAGUUUAUUCUCUUUCACCCGUCAAGAUUUGAUUCUUGAGCUGCUUA